AAGUCGCAGACUCGCAGGCAAUAAUUUUAAUCUCUCAAAGAAAGAGGAAAAAACAAGAAUCUCAGCAAUUUCUUGGUUUCUUUCUGUUUAAAGACGUCAAUUCCGCUAUUCAAUAAUCUCUGGCAGUCAUCUGGGUUCUGCGUCCGAUGGAGUGAGAGAAAGACAGAGAGAAAUGUGUGAGGAAAAGAGCAAUCCAAAAAAUUGAAAAUCCAAAACAACCAGAAACAGUUGGCUAAUACAGUGGUCAAUCAAGAAAAUGGCGAUGUGGGUAUUCGGAUACGGGUCGCUGAUAUGGAAAGCAGGGUUCCGUUACGAUGAACGCCUCGUGGGUUUCAUCAAAGACUACCGCCGUGUCUUCUACCAAGGAAGCACUGAUCAUAGAGGCACUCCAGAGUUUCCGGGCAGAACGGUCACAUUGGAGCCUGCAAAGGGGGAAGUAUGCUGGGGUGCUGCUUACAAAAUAACCCAUAAGGAAGAUCAACUUACGGCUUUGGAGCAUCUUGAAGUAAGGGAGAAGCAAUAUGACAAGAAAGCUUAUGUUGAUUUUUUCACUGAGCCGACUGCUUCAACACCGGCUGUUUCUAAUGUCAUGGUAUAUAUAGCAUCUGCAGACAAGAAGCAGAACCAGAACUACUUGGGACCUGCCUCUCUAGAAGACAUUGCCGUUCAAAUUGUUAAGGCAGAAGGCCCCUCGGGACCAAACAGAGAGUACCUCUUCAAACUGGAAAAUGCACUUAUCCAAAUAGGAUGUGAAGAUAAGCAUGUCACUGAUCUGGCCGAUGAAGUGAGGCGCAUACUGUCACUACAAAGGGAAUUGACUGUUUAAUGAUAUCGUUACACCAGGAUUGCUAAAUAGAAAUGAACAGCAUUUAAUAUUAUUUAAUUGGAAUGCUUGAGACAAUCAUGGUGGCUAUCCAGUUGAGGAUUAAUAUUUGAUUAUUACA